AUGCCUGGCUUCAUCCAAUCUAUCAAAUCACGCCUUCCUCAAUCCCCCUUCAGCCCUCCCAAACAGAGUGCUCCCCUCAUACCAUCUAUCGACGCGGGUGAACCUGUGGAAGAGGCCCCGCAGCAAGAGCAGCAGCCCUCGGCCGAAAUCCUUCCUGCGGAGGCACUCAUCGCACCCAAUUCAUCAACGGUGGCAUUGACCCUCACGCCCGUUAACGGUGUCUCCAGCCAACAACCAUCAGAUGACGGUGAGGUACCUGAGACUGCCGAAGAAUCUGCUGCUGAGCCCGAGCCCACAGCUCAGUCUGAAGCCGUGGCGCCUCAUGCUGAGGCAACACCCGAGGUGUCAGAAGCGGACCCAUCAGCCGACGUGCCCACUUCUGUCGAGCCCCAAGCACCGGUCGCAACUCCGCUGUCAGAUGUCACUGAAGAGCCUGCCGUUCCUGAGGUGGACACCGCCGAAGUUGCGCCCGAAGCAAUCGCCCCUGAGCCUGCAUCGGACUCGAUUCCAUCCGAGCUGCCCAUAGCAAGUGAAACCGCGCAGAACAUGCAAGAAGUCCUAAUCGAGGCCCCAACACCCAGUGAGGCCGUCAAGCCAGCCGCACCCAGAUCCAAAAGGUCGAUUUCUCGCAAGGAGCCUCCGGUACUAGAGCCUGCCGAGCUCGCCGCUGCAGUGGCAGCACCUAUUGAAGAUACGCCCGUUGCAGCACUCCCAAUCCUUCAGGUCGAAGGUGUCACCGCUGACGCCGAUCUUGUCAAAGAGGCUUCCACACCCGACAAAGAGGCUUCCACACCCGAGGUGAAGGAAGUCAAACUGAAGAAAAAGCGAUUCAUGAUGUCUCCCUUGAAGAAGAGCUUUUCCUCCAACACCUCGACUGAUGGCAACAGCACCGACGAAUCAGCGCACGCCAAGCCCAAGAAAAACCAGCCCUUAGCAGGCAGGUUCAAGCAUGUCCUGGGCCACGUGAAAUCCAAAGUCAAAAAAGACAAGGAUUCCGACAAGGCGCGUUCCCAGCCCUCGGCUGAUAAUGCAGUCCUCACUGACGACGCGGGCUCGAAUGACCACGCCGACUCCAGCGGUGUCGUUACUCCGUCUGAGGAACCCAGCGUGGUCGCAGGCCCCAUUGAUGCUGUUGUUCCCAUCGAUAGUACGGUCACUGCUUGA